UUAUUUGGAAUGUUUGGUUUUUCUAACGCGCGAAUUGAGUUAAUUUUGAAUUACUUUGCUGGUGGCAGCUGCUUAAGCAGCUGAUUGCUACAGGCUCCGAAGGUCACUCUGGGUCCCCAGGGGUGUGGGGAGGACACGGCAACGCUCCAUUUACAAACCAGGCUCCUCUUUGCACUAGGACAAAGGGCCUCAGUUGCGCCUGCGCAGAGAGUGCAGGCUUCGCGGGACUUCAUGUCCUUCCGGGACCAAGGCUUGACCCCGCCCCUGGGUGACAUCACGACGGAGUUGCCAUGGCGCUGCUGAACAGUCUGGCUUCCACGCUGGAGUCGUACCGGGGCCGGGACCGCCUGAUCCGAACUCUGGGGUACUGCUGUCAGCUCAUUGGUGGAGUCCUGGUUGAACAAUUUCCUACCAGAUCAGAAGUGGGGAUGCGCUUGCUUGCGGUGUCUGCCCAGCUCAGCCACUGCAGGACUGUCCUUCGACUGUUCGAUGACCUGGCCAUGUUUUCCUACACUAAGCAGUAUGGCCUGGGGGCAGAGGAGGAAGAUGUCCUUAUCCGCUGGUUGUCUGUCCUGGGCAACAUGGCCGACCAGCUAUACUAUCCAUGUGAGCAUGUUGCCUGGGCUGCAGAUGCCAAAGUCCUCCAUGUGGACUCUGCUCGGUGGUGGACAGUGAGCACCGCCCUCUGGGGUCUCUCCCUGCUUCUUGGGAUUGUCAAGUCCCUGUGGAUGAUGCUAAAGCUGAGGGAGAAGCUGGGGAGCCCCACGGCCACCUUCACAAGCCGGCUGACCCGGAGCAAGAGGAGGGCCCUGGAGCUGCAAUUGCGGUCAGAAGUUUUGACUCUCCUCAGUAACCUGGCUGACUUGGCCAACGCUGUACACUGGUUGCCCCGAGGUGUUCUGUGGGCUGGCCGCUUCCCUUCCUGGCUGGUGGGCCUCAUGGGCACCAUCUCUUCCUUGCUCAGUAUAUACCAGGCUGCCAGGACCGGCAGCCAGGCUGAGGCCAACAGUCCUUGACAUAGCCCCCAAGCAGCAGGUGGUAGAUAUAGCGAGAACUCCACAGAAGACUCAGAUCCUGGGAUGGGAACCACUAGCCAGGGUGCAUCUGUAAUUGUACACUCCUGGAACAGCCCCUGGGUGGGGUGGGAAAUGGGCUGAUUGAGCUGAUUCCUGGAGGACCACAUGAAGAGGACCUCAGGAUCCCGAGACAAGGCUGGGCUGACACAAUCCCAGGAGGCUUCUGCUAGAACCUUCUAUCUGCUGGUCAGCUGAAAGGCAAGCAGGAGAGACAUAUGACACCUCAGGACAGGUUUUGGGAAAGCUGGAAUGAUUAAUUAAAUAUCUUGGUGCUGGCCCCA